AUGAUUAGUCUGGAAGUCAAACAGAUGGAUGAGAAACUGAAAGCCUUGCAUCGUGUGAUUGAGGAGACUCUGCCCUCCCUGAGCCCUGAGAGAAGGGACAACAUAUUGUCAGCAUUGCAUGAGCUGGCCGAGGCCUUCCGGUCACUUAUACAGACUAUUCACCCCGAGUUCGCGGACUCUGGCGCAACAUCCAAUUCUCCGCUACAAACUACACCAGCUCGUCAACCUGCAUCCGGAAUGGGAAGGAGACCUACUGUCGUGAAAAAAGCCCGGAGACCGAUGAGGAACUGCCGAGAAAUGUCUACUGGCGAUGUACCGGAACCAAGUAUCUCGGACAAUACGGACCAGAGCAGUAGUAAUUACGACAGUGAACAAGAUUAUGGUACCGGUGGCCCUGACUCACCUGAGAGAACCGAGUCCGCUGGGUUACAAAAUAUUUCUGACGCACCUCAUGAAGACGCUCAAGACAGCUCCUCCAGCAAUGAUCAGGGACAAAAUACACUCGGUAUUGCCGACCACAACGCUGGUAAUCACGAAGGUCGACUGGAGCGACAGGGAUCCCGCCCUACGGCGCCUGAUGGGCAUAAUCCCUUUGAUCAGCCCGAAGAGAAUGACAUUUCUAGAGCCCUCAGCAACUUUCAUAGGUCUCUAGAGACAGCAGGUUACGUGUCACCGCUGCCUGAUAAUGGGCCAAGCCUCUGGGAAAUAUUUCCCAACGAUGAGGGAAUGAUGUCCAACGCUGAGGCAAUGAAACUUGCUUUCGACGUGUUUGGAGAUGAUUUCCCUUUUGGAAGCGGAGCUCUCGCCCCUGAACAAUCGUCACAGAGAGCCCACUUCGAUUCUAUGGCCGCUACACCUGUCCCAACAGCGAGGACACCGACAGCGCAUGAAGCACAGAACAAUGGACCAGGCCCGUAUGCCCAGCAAGCUGAUCUCCAACCGAAUCAGGCGUUUGAAAAUACGGACGGGGAUAUGAUGAUUUGGGACAGAGCAGAGGUCUUUUCAUUUGCUCAGGCGAUGCAGAACGCCGGAUUGGCACUGAUGCGUGGUGAGGAGGUUUCGCUUGGUUGGAUCUUACCCACAGAGCGCUUUCGGUGUGCAUGGGGGGAGUUCGAUGGCCAACACCUUAGAGCAAUGUUGGAUGACCUCAUAUACCCGGGUGAGGUGAUAUCCGAACUGGUGAUGGAGUAUUUUGUACAGAAGCUUGUUCAUUCUGGAGAAUCGUCCGGGUUGUGGAUUGGCAAACUCCAUGAGCUGGGUAGACUAUCACAUACACAGCGCCGCCGACCUCUGAUAAUAAUCAAGGAGUAUGAUCGAUGGUCAUUAGUUGAGGUGCAACCGUCUGCUGGAAAGAUUAUCCACUACGAAUACGAUCCAGGUGAGCCGCUGAUGCUUUCGACUUUCGACCACAAUCAGUGCCGUAACUGCGAUAGGAUUGAGAGCUGCAUUACGCAUUUGCUCCACGAGCAACACAGUCUGACUAUGCCCUGGGAGCGCAGCCCGGCCAAGGUGCGCACGUGGGCACCAAAUGUGAAUUGGCUAGUCUGGACUAUCCGACUUCGAGCAGCCGGAGGGGACGUGUCCCAACCAGUACCCCGAGAGUUCCGAGCCGACUUGGUACAAGAGAUGCUCGCAGACUUUAAAGCUGCCCAGGCCACGGAACAGGUUCUUGACAUGCCCCGACAAUUCCUUCCUGUACAAAAUAAGGUGCAGAUUCUUGAAGGCUACUACAUGGGGAUCGGGGCGAAAAAUCAAUGUGGUGAUAAGAUAUGGAGAACUGUCAGUGAUCUGGCCGAUAUACCUUCACACAGAGGAAAUAAUCCCAUCGGACUGCAGCGUGCCAGCGAACUGGUCGAGCUGGCAAUCAAAAUCGGUUCGCCCGAAGCUCUGCUGACGAUCAAGGCAUCUCUCCGCGAGUUACGCCUACAGUCGCAACACCUCGAUGCUCCAUACGACACUGCCUAUGGGGCCUUUCGGGCCCUACAGGCGUUCUCUAAGAAAAGCGAGCUCUCCAAAUUGGGAUUGAGGCUGGCGCAGUACAAGCUGGCACAGAUCAGAAACCAUAGAGGGGAUAUAGAAGCUGAAAUCCUCGGCACAGUCCCUGAAGGGACAAAGGCCCCUACCCGUACAGAGAUCCGGCAUGACCUGGAGCAACUCAACAAAGGAAACUACUGGGAUAUUAUCGUGGACGAGGUUGGCAACAAAGAUCCCAACAUCCUUUGCCUGAUCUCUCGCGGGAGUUUCGGCCCUCCCGUGUGGAAACAUAAGUUCAGCCCAACCACAUACAGGGACCUAUCACAUCCUGAAAAGAAGAUCGUGGGCAGGAUCUUCCGGGACCUGAAGCCCAACACCCUUAUGGGUGUAGACCCCGGUUUAUCGAGCAACCUACUUUAUAUGAGACCCCCUACAUGUCGCUAUCCGCUGGAAGAUACAGGUGAGGAGAUAAUUCAAGAGACCGGCCAUCUACUUUUCUUUAACUUGAAUAUGUUGACGCUCAAUCACCCUAGGCGCGGGACAUAG